AUGUCGAAAACUAUGCCAUCGAUUCGCAAAUCUACGGCGGGAGACCUUGUACCGGUGAGAAACUCACAAGGGUUGCUUUUGACGUGGAUACGUCUAUGUUUUCGUUCUACAGGGGGGUCAUUCUUGACAAACGGUGAUGCGGCUUCGUACAGGGAGGAAGAGGGAGGCGACACUUUACCCACAGACAUGUCGGACACCAGCGACAGCGAACCGGACAAACCGAACAACGGGGAGGGCGGGCACAAGUGCACGGCGAGCCACGAGGGUCGCCAGCUGCUGCAGCAGGAGGUGCCCUUCAACAUCGACCAGCUCUUCACCAUGAUGUUCACCAACUCCAAGUUCAACCUGGAACUGCUCGCCGCCAGGGGGACCACUGACUACGUGCAGGCGCCGUGGGAGGUGGCGGACGGGCUGAAGUGUCGCCAGAUCAGCUACACGCUGGGGCUCACGUCGGGCCCCAUCGGGCCCAAGGAAGUGCACGUCACCGAGACACAGGUGAUGAACAAGUGUUCGAAGCCCGGCGUGCUGUACUCGAUAGACGCGUGCAGCGAGAACACCGGCAUCCCGUACGCGGACUACUUCAGCGUGCGCGUGCACUACUGCCUGGCGCGCGUGCACGAUACCCGCACCGCGCUGCACGUGCACGCGCACAUACACUACAAGAAGAGCAUGUGGGCCACCAUCAGAGGUUUCCUAGAAAAGAACGCUAUCUCUGGUCUGGAACAGUUCUGUCGCCUGCUGCUGGCACGUCUGCAGGCGGAGGCCGAGGGCGCCGCCCCCGCCGCCAGGAAGGCGCGCCGGCAGCGGCGGAAUACCGGAGGUCUUUCGCAUUUCGCAAAUGUUUCGCAUUCGCAUGCGAUUGCGGCGGAACGGGGAACAACGCCAUCUGUCGGUGAGAAUAAUGGAACGAGCUGGAUUAAACCGAUCUGUAAACCGUCAGUGUCGUCACAAGAGCCGGUGUUGGCGGCGGCGGCCAAGUCCCCGGCGGCGGCGCUGGGCGCGCUGGGGGGCGGGGGCGCGGCGGCGCGGGGGGCGGGCGCGCGCGGGGGCGGGGGCGGGGGCGCGCUGCUGGGGGGCGCCGUGCUGCUGCUGCUGCUCGUCAACGCCGCGCUGUACUGGGGGCUGCACCACGCGCUGCUGCACCACCCCGCGCACAGGGUGGAGAGUGGGGGCGAGGGCGGGGGCGGGCAGGGGGCGGCGUGGGCGGAGUGGGCGCGCGUGCUGCAGCUGCACGCCGCCCGCCAGCGCGGGGAGCUGCGCGCGUGGCGCCGCGCGCUCGACGACACCAGGCGGCAUCUGCACCAGCGCCCCCCGAGGAUCCGCCCCCCACCACGCCCAGACCGGACCUAUAAACGCCGAGACUCAAGAAUUCGGUCAACGCCAUCCGGUAGGAAGUGUGGAAAACCAAACAACUCUACCGGUAUCGAAGCGGACGUAGAUGAAUGCUGGAAUAUUUUGAAAGAAGGUAUGGUGGAUACUGCAAAAGAAAUGUGUGGAUGCACAAAGAGGCAUAAAACAAUUAAAGGAUAUGCCUGGUGGGAUGCGGAGGUUGAAAAAUCCGUAGCAGAAAGGAAAAAAGGAUGGAUAGAUUAUGAUUCAUCUUUCCAUCUAAGUGACACUAUGAAAGAGUUAAAGAACGAAACACAAGAGAGAUUAUGGACAAAGAAGAGAAACUGA